AUGUCUGCCCUCCAAGAUAGCAAUGUGGGCGGUAUUCCCACCACGGAGCCGCGUGGUUCGGAGACCACUGCUCAGCAGAUCCACAAGGAAGGCACUCAAUACGUGAAGGAGGCGACGCAGGCCAACCAACAGAGCAUGCAGCGCGGCUCGAGCGCCGCAGAAGGCACAGGUACGGACUCCUCGCCAUCAGUGACCCAACCCAUUCACCAGCAGCCUGCCGCCAGCAAUCCAGGAGUCGCCCCCUCCGCUGGAGGAGGCAUGGGCGAGGGCGCUGGAGGUGUCAGCGGCACAUCCUACAGGGAGAGUCCUGUGGAGAGUGGGGAGCAGCAGCAGGAGAGCAUCGUCGACACGGUCAAGCACUUUCUUGGCUUUGGCACUGCCGAAGAGAAGAGGACAGAGGACACGCAGCCUACGUGGAACAAAGGCAACGUCACUGCUCCUUCCGAACUCGGCGCCACGACAGCUGCUCCUGCUGUAGCUGGUGCAGCUGCUCCCGGCGUGACCCGUCAUGAUGAGAGAAAUACCGCCGCUUUUACUGCCGACAUUCCGGAUCGGACAAAGACAAAGCCCUCCGCAUCAGGCAACUCCGAACUGAUGUCUGCAGCAGGCUAUUCCAUCAGCACGGGACCAGAUUAUACCGACAGCGGCAGGAGCGAAGCUCUUGGAAGCACCAACACCUCGACCAAUAGCACGACUUCUGCUUACCCUUCCACUUCGACGAACCCUGUGUCCACAGCACAAGACCCAGCUGCAGGAGCCGGCAGUCACAGCACAAAGCCCGAACAACGAUCAGACUCCAGUGCUAACAAGAUGGGAUCCUCAGAGCCUCGUCAGCAAUCGUACGAAGACUCGACCGAGAAGAGCGUGAAGCACGAGAAGAGCGAUGAGGACAAGCACUCCAAGGCGCACAAAGGCGGUAGCAGCAAGGCAGAGAACCCAGACUCCAUUCCAACUGCAGGUGGUGAGAAGCUGGGAGAGAAGCACUGGGGAGAGAGCCAGAUCGUGCCAGAGUUGCCACCCAAGCGCGGCUCUGACGCUGGUCAAGGUGUGAGCAGCAGCGAUGGACAACCAACCUCCGAAGUAGCAGAUAACACAGCAGCCAACACUGGAGGCGCAAAGGGCGGACCCCACGAUAGUACAGGCUCUGAAGCCCAUAAGGAAGGUGCCAUGGAUAAAAUCAAGCACUCGUUGCACAUGGGCAAGAAGUAG